GCCCACGUGGUUAGGAGCCGUUCAUGGUGAGCCGGCUUGGUGGAGAUGGAAGUGUCGGAGCAGCUGGAAACGCUAAGUGUGGCAGGAGAUGAGGGGAGCUGCAGCGGGGUGGAGGGACGCCUUUCGCUUUCCUCGGAAGACUUCCCAGAGACGGCCUCCGAGGGGCUGAGCGGAGCUGGACCUGGGGGGCUUUUCGAGGCAGGGAAAAUGCCUGUCCCCGAUGGAGCUGCCAUUGAUGGCCCAAGUUCGAGCUCCUUACAGCUCUCCGCCACAGAUCCAAGUCACACUAGCGGAUCUGCCUUCUCUAGAAAUUGCACGUGGCCGAGUGAUAACCCAGGAGCGGUUUCUGCUGCGGGAGAAGAGUCGGACGCUGGACGAAGCGAGGAGCAGUGCCAGCACCCUCAAGCACCAGCGCCAGGAGAGCGCCUGCCAGGCCUGGGACCAUGUCAUGAGGAAGGGCCACCUCCGCCUCUCGAUUUUGGCCGCCCGGGGGCUCUGAGUCAUCAGUUCAUCUCCCCGGGCACGCAGGAGCAAGAUCUCAGAGUCCAAAGCUUCUGUGAUGUUUUUCCUGUUGAGAAGGAGCAGUUGAUAGACGAAGGGGAAGGGGGCAUCUCUUCCGUUGGAUCCGAGAGUGACUCUGAUACAGACAGCUCUUCUGUCUCCUCCACAUCAUCCUGUUCUCCAGUGCUAUCUGAGGAAGAUGGUCGGCAAUUUAAGAAUGAUGAAAACUCUCACAGUAUUGGAAAAAAAGAUGAUGCAUCUGAAAAGUCACUUCCUGUUGAAGAUUUGAAAAUCUUUCUACCAGAAUCUGUUGAAUUGAUGCCAUUUGGAAAAGUUUCCAGCAUCAUUGAAAACUUAGUUAUAGUUGAAUCACUGAAAGGGCUCCCUCCAGUGAAUGAGAACAGUGUGAUUUUCAAACAAGAUCGUCAUUCAAUAGGAAAGGUGUUUGAGGUGUUUGGCCCUGUGUCACACCCUUUUUAUGUGAUACAGUUUAACAGUCCUGAGCACAUUGAUGCAAAAGAUAUUAAAGUACAUGAAGAUGUGUAUUUUGCUCCAUCGGUUGAAAGCUUCACUCAGUAUAUAUUUCCAGAAAAAAUAAAACAGGAUAAAGGAUCUGAUGCAUCAUGGAAAAAUGAUGAAGAACCUCCACCUGAGGCGUUAGAUUUUAGUGACGAUGAGAAAGAGAAAGUGGCGAAACAACAGAAGAAAUCUCAGAAUCUAAGAAGAAAGAAGUUUAGAUCACAAGAUGAAUCUAAUGAGAAUGGAAUUCAUUAUCAGCCCAGAAGACAUUAUUCUUCAAACUAUUCACGUGGAUCUCAUAGGGGAGAAUUUAAUCCCUCCUUUUCAAGGGGCAGAUUUCCUCAUUCACCAGUUCCUCUGCAUUCCUACAGACAGCAAGUAAAACCUCGACAACAUUACAGUUCUGAUUUUACAGAAUUUCAGGAGCCUUCUGCUUUCUUUCAGCAUCAGAGGAAGGGAAGCCCCCAAAGGCAGCAGUAUUCUUUUCCUCCUCCAUCAUUUGGAACAGCUGGUAAUGAGGCAAAUCCCUUUCCACUUCCACCUCCAACUUGGGGGUGGCCUCAAAAUUGUAUUCGGAAUAUGUAUGACCCACUGUUGUCAUUGUUAUCACUACCGCCACCGCCGCCACCUCCGCUGCCGCCUCCAUCGACUGCUCCUAACAAUACUAAUCCUUUUUAGGCUCUGCUCUGACUUACAAUGACUAGAAAGUCAAGACUUUAUCUGAACACUGUAUUGCAUUUUCUGUUUAAAUAUCUUUGACAGGUUCAGCUAAGUAUGGAAGUACAAGCUUAAAUACCAACCAUUUUCUAGGAAAUCAAAGGCCUCCAGAUAGAUGGCAUUUCUUUGAAUAAUUUUGAUGAUAAGUAUGUUUAAUAAUGGCUUAGAUAGAUAAUCUAAUUGAAAUAUGUUACCUUUAAACAAGAUGACCUUUCUAUAUUGUACCUGUUUAAACCAUGUUAUUGGAAACUUUAUUUUUGUAAUAACCUAUACAUUUUUUAUAUUGCAGAAAUGCUAAACAGAUGUGCACAGUACACUGGUUAGGAUAUUUUUUGUGUUGGAUAAAAAAAAAUGUUGAAAUUCCAAAUGUUUUGUUAUGUCAACAUUGCUCUUUAUAAAUGACAUCCAGUUUAUAAAAAUAGUGCAUCUCAGCCAAAACAAACCUUUUUUUAAAUAUCAAUUUGAGUUCUCUGGGUAACUUUUUUAAGUGAUAGAACUUAACAGCCCUUAAUUGGACACUAUUGCCUUAUAUGGUACCCAAAGCAUGAAGUUUUAGUUGACUCUUUUGAACUUAUUCAAAGAACAAGUUCUUGAAGAUUUUCAAAGAAUAAGAUGUUCAAAGAUGAGGGUCUUCAAAGAGAGAUGAUUUCUGCAUCUUAUAUGAAAUUAGUAUCUUAUUAAUCAAAUGGAAGCUGCAGAAUGACAAUACAAACUUUAUUUCUGAAUAUGCUACAAAAACGUGGCUUUGAUUUGAAGAGAGGUCACUGAAGAAGGGGAAUCUCUUAGAAGGCUAAGGUAAGAAAGUAUGCAAUAGGAAAAUAUACGUUAGAAAUCUAAAAUUGGACCACAUCUUACUUUCAAGUUGUAUCCAAGAAUUAACUCAAGUGUAGAAAAUUUUUUGCAUCUUUUUUUCUCCCUGCUACACAGAGUUGUUAUACCACCAGCAGUUAAAGAAAUUGAAAGCUCUUGUUACUUAGCAAUGAAUCAUAUCAUUAGUUUCAUGUCAGUUAAUUAUUAAAACUUGUAAAAAAAUGAUGACCCAUAUCGUUGUUAAUCUUUACCCUUUUUGGUAUAGACCUUUGUAGGUCAUCUCCUGUUGAGGGAUUUUGUAUAAAUAACAGUGCUUCAAUCUGUAUAAAUGUAGAAUUUCAAAAUGCCAUUGAUUUAAUGAAGCUGUCAGACAUGUAUGUGUAUUAAACAAUUCCAGCAGAAA